UCCACCUCCAAAAAAAUGGCUGACAACUGUCAGACUGACAGAAUAUUCAUGACAGAAAAGUUUUUGGAAUUUUCCCUUUGUUGAGGCUAAGUAACCCACCCAAUUCGCUUACGAUUCGUUUUAGUCGCUUUUUAUGUAGUACAAUUUUGAAUUUAAAAAAAAAAAAUGAGCGGAUGGGCUGGGUUUUCAGAAGACGAACUGCGGAGAGUGCAGCAAAAAGAGUCUGCGACAGUAAGCGUGCGCAAACUACGAGCGCCCAACCGGAGUCGGCAGCAAUUGGAACGAGAGAAGAUAUCGCUGAGAGCCGCUCAGGCAUUUGUGUCCCAUGAACUUCCACCGGAGCAGCAGCUUAAUAAACUGCCAUCAAGUUGUGAACAUGAGAACACUGAAACAGUGGGUCCCGCUGCCAAAGGGGAUACGCAGCUUUGUUUUGGCGAAGAAAACUGUAAAGCAGCUAUAAUGGAGCAAAAUUCCGCAGUAAAGGAGCUGGAGACGCCAGAGAUAGAGCUUCGAGACAAGACUCGCCUGGAGCAACUGCAAAGGGAACACAAAAUAAUAGAAGAGAGCAACAAACGCAAGAAGGCUCUGCUUGCCAAAACUAUUGCUGCAAAGUCACAACAAACUCAAGCUGAAGCGGUGAAGCUGAAGAGAAUACAAAUAGAAUUGCAAGCCCUCGAUGACCUCGUUUCUAAUGAUAUUGGCAUUCUGAGAGGAAAGAUUGAGCAAGCCAGUUGGGACUACACAACUGCCAGAAAGCGGUAUGACAAGGCAGAGACUGAGUAUGUCAAGGCAAAGUUAGACUUACACAGGAAAACAGACGUAAAGGAGCAGCUGACAGAGCACCUUUGCGCUAUCAUCCAGCAAAAUGAGCUACGCAAAUCUCACAAGCUUGAAGAACUGAUGCAACAAUUGCAGCUUCAGGCCACUGAGAAGGAACUAAAAAUGCAGAAAGUUGAAGAUGACAAUGUGGGAAGCUUUGAAUCGCAAGGGAAUGUGAAAGAACACGAUGGCGUAUUGGAGAGUCAGGAGCGAACAGUGCAACGGACACCCACAGAGGAUGGAAGUCAGAAGUGUAAUGGAGUCAAGCUGGAGCAAAAAUUGAGGAAGGAAGAACAGCCUGAGCAAGAUGAAAAUUGUUCACAACUACGGAAUGAUUGCUCAUACACUUGACAUUUCCCAUUCCUCAAAGAGUGAUAAACACUACAUAUCCUGAAAAAGCACUGGUAUUUAAAUAUGUAUCUGCCCAUAGUCAGCUGGGCUCUGCUCCAGCACGCCCACGGCACUCGUGAGGACUAACGGUACGGAAGAUGAAUUGCAUAAAUCUGCAUCUGGCACACAGUAGUUUUAUCAAGGAGAAGUGGGGAAGUAUUUGAUUAGCAAAUGUUAAUUACCGUAUUACUCAUUACUUUACAAUUGAUUAGCAAAUAUUAAUUACCAUAGUACAUAUUACUUUACAAUUGAUUUGAAAUUUGGCUCUUUUUUUUUUUUUUUUCUCUUUUGUACCAGUACUGGAAAAUUAUAAAUGAAAUAUAAAAUAAAUAAAUAAAAAAUGAUUAUGAGAAAAUAUUUACCCCAAAGUGCUUAUUUUGACACAAAAUCUGUUCUCUUUCCAAUCUUUAAGAAGACUUAAGUAACUGGUAGCACAGUUUCUCUGUUUGUUUCAGCGUAAUAAAUGACAAUAAAUGUCACUAUCGGGCUGCGCAGGUGGUACAAAUGUUUAUCCAUAUUACAUAUGUACAUCUAUUACAGUGUUGUUCUCGUCAACAAUUACAACGAAAAUAUUCUGUCAACAAGCACUUUUUUUGACUAGCUAAAAACGUGUCUUGGGAGAAUAAAACAUAAUGAGACGGAAGCCAGUUUUCGUCUAAGGAGUCGAGAAUGAGAUGAAAAUGGCCAUAGUUUCCUUCAUAAGUUCACAAUGUGCGACAUUUUCUUGUUGUACUGUAUGUGUAGUUAGUGCGAUUCGUCUUGGGUCGUGUCAUGACUACUUUUACUUGAGUAAUAUUAUUUUGAGUUCCUUCAAUCAAAGUAUAUAUUUUCAAUCAAAAACAAAAGUCAAUUGAGCGAAAGCAAAAUGUGUUUGAAUGCAAAAGUAAGGGCGAAACCUUCCAGAGUGAGGCUGCUUUGUAUGGAGUUUUAUUUGUGUUACAAUUCGGAGGCCUCCGCUGCUUUGUCUUUGCUCGUAAAUUGAGCCAUUAGCAGAGGAGGGGGUUGGGCGAAAACUUUCUUGAGUAGGCUGCUUUCUCUUUACUUGCUGAUGUUUCAAGCCCUACCCCUACUCCUUAUUGCUUCGUUUGA